GUAACUGGGUGGUGCUCCGGGUUGCGUCCUUUUAUUUUCGCCAAAUAUUAACCGCUUCGUUGCGACUGCACUAAGCACCGAUUUGGAGAUGGAGGGGAGCGGCGCGGACGCGCAGGCGGAUGACAAGUCCACGUCUCACUUCGAGUCGAUGCUCAAGGAGCUGGUCAGCUACAAGCAGGUCGGCGACAUGCACGACCUGUCGCCGGAGGUGCAGGUGCUGCUGCGCCAGGCGGACGAGAGCCGGGCGCGCGAGGAGGCCCGCAGCGCGGCGCGCCGGCUGCGGGGGCCGCCGGCCGCGCGAGCGCCGCCGCCGCAAGGGCAGCGACUCGAGCGUGGCCGGCUGUACACUGGCUGGCGGCUCACUGGACAACGUGGCCGCCGACAGCAAGGCGGCCGGCCGCCACAAGGGCGUGGCUGGCCGCACUGCCGAGGGCGGGUCGUGCUUCAACCUGUCACGCGGCUCGUUCGAGCCGACGCGGCGGCGCCAGCGGCAGCAGCACGGCGGCUCGUUGGAGGACCUGAGUGCCAUCGACGAGUCAGGCCGCACGAGUUUGUGGUGUCUGGCCUGGCCGCCACGCUGACGUCCAGGGUUGACGCGUUUCAUUAG